CUUAACUCCACGCUCCUCCAUGAAUCGUGAACACGGGCCACCUCAGCUUUUAAUAAAUCCCUAGCCAUCUUGAAUUUUACCGCCCUUAGGGUUUUGUAAUUGGUUACUCAAAACUCGUAAUUGAGAGGAAGAAUGGCCAUCGUCGCCGGAAACUUCUUGUCUAAAACUGCAACGGAGCUUCAGUGUCGAGUCCUUUUAAUUCCCUGGGUGAAGAAGAAAAGUGUUAUUAUGUGUUCGAAAAGCAAAGACUACAGUUCAUCAGUUCCAGUUAGGUACAUUCCCAACAAAUCUGCAAAAACUGAAAAAUUGCAAGCUUCUUCUCCUGUGGAUGGUUUGGAGGAUAGAAAAGAGAUUACUAUGACGGACCUGAAAGUGUCAAGAGUUGAGUUUCCCAGUGGGGGGAAGAGUUUAUGGAGGAAUUCUAAGUCUCAAUAUCAAAAUCAAAAUCAAAAUCAGAUGCCUGUUAGCAACUUAACGUUCGACUUUAAAUCAGAGGUGGAAAAAGAAGUUAAUCAUGAUUUGGAGGGUGGAGACUAUGAUUUCAUGGAAGAGCCUGAGGAGAUUGUAAAGGAGCUCGAGAGUUUUCAAGAAAAACAUCAUAAUGCCGUGGUUGGAAUUCAAGCUGGUAAAAGCAAACAAGAUGUGGAGAAGAUGGCUGUUGAACUACUUGCGACAAGCAGAGCAUUUACAUCCGUGGAGCUGAGGAAGAAGCUGCUUAGAAAGAAGUUUCCACUUGAUACUGUUGAUGCAGUGAUAGACGACUUCGAGAGCAGAGGUUUGAUCAAUGACUUCCUGUAUGCGGAAACAUUUUCUCGAUCUAGAUGGUCUUCUUCAAGUUGGGGACCAAGGCGAAUCAAGCAGGCCCUGUUCAAGAAGGGAGUAAGUAGAGUGGAUGCAGAGAAGGCAAUAAAACUGGUCUUCGAGGAUGGUGAAGCUGAAGAUCAAGAGUCAAGACUUCGAAUGUCAAAGCUUUCAAUGGAACAUUUAUUCGUCCAGGCCCUAAAACAAUGGCAAAGGGGUUGUGAUGUGCCCAAAGAGACACGGAAAUCGAGAAUUAUUCGGUGGCUUCAAUACCGUGGCUUCGAUUGGAGUAUUAUUGGCUUGGUAUUAAAGAAGUUAGAGUCUGAGUAUCCUCCCUAGAGCAAGUGAGCUCCUCAUUCCUACGCAAUAUGAGAGAUGGAAUGGUUCAAUGAAAUAUACCUUAUCAAGACAAAUCAACAAGUGGCACUACUUGGGUGGUGCUGGUGGGAUGAACCUGUUUUGCAGAAACUAAAGUGUCCUUGUAUUCAUCUCAUAGCACAUCCAUAUUUUGUGUCUAUUUGCUCGUAUUCAUAUAAUAGUACGUCCAUAUACUUGUCCAGCCACUGAUGUAUAAUUGAGCUAGAGGAAACACUAUUUUGCACUCAAUAUCUAGUUGUAGCACGUGUGUAUGCUUUUAGAGAGAGAGAGUGUGUGUGUGUGUGAGUAUUUAUUUCUUUUUGACUCAUAUAUGUAUGUUAUGUGAUAUUCAUCAACCU